GGCAAACUCCGGCCUGCAAGGAUAUAUCAAGGCCGCUCUGGCCCUCCCUCGCUGACCAGCACCCACAGCCCCAGUUCCAGCACCAGUUCCAGUUCCAGCAGCAACCAUGUCCUCCAAGCCCGUGCUCUACACCUACUGGCGAUCGUCUGCCAGCUGGCGAGUCAGAAUCGUCCUGGCCCUCAAGAACGUCGAGUACGAGUCCAAGUUUGUGAACCUCCUCAAGGGCGAGCAGACCACGGACGAAUACAAGGCCCUCAACCCCGGCGGCGUUAUCCCUACUCUGGAGAUUGAUGGCAAGACCAUCAUCCAGUCGCCGGCCAUCAUCGAGCUGCUGGAGGAGCUGUAUCCCGAGACACCCCUGCUGCCCAAGGACCCCUAUGAGAGGGCCGUGGUGCGAGGAAUCGUCAACACGGUGACUUGCGACAUCCACCCCGUCCAGAACCUGCGUGUCCUGAACUAUGCUGGAAGCGAGCGCAAGGCCGAGUGGGCCAAGCACUUUAUCACCCUCGGAUUCGAAGCCCUCGAGAAGGUGCUCGCCACAACCUCGGGCACUUACUCCUAUGGCGAUUCAGUCACUCUGGCGGAUGUGGUGCUUGUUCCCCAAGCGUUCAAUGCCGUCCGCUGGGGCGUCGAUAUGAGCCGGUUCCCCAUCAUUUCGCGCAUCAGCGCCAGCCUGGGCGAGCUUGAGGCAUUCAAGGCCGCGCACCCGGACAACCAGCAGGACGCCCAGCUCUGAGCCGGGAGCGAGCCGCAGCUGUCGAACAAGGUGUCGAACGAGGUGUCGAAUGGUGUCGAACGAGGUGUCGAACGAGGUGUCGAAUGGUGUCGAGCGAGGUGUCGAACGUCGAAUGGUGUCGAAUUGGUUGUCAGAUUGUCGGAAUGGCUGAACACGACGCCGCCGCGUGGACUCCACGUGAGCACACAUGCUGCGCAACAAGUACAACAGCC